UCCAUCAGAAUCAUCACCUCAAUCGCCAUCGACACUACUUUCCCUCUAAAAUACACACGCUUUCUCUCUCUACACUCUAAGCUUCACAUCAAUGGCUCGUACCAAGCAGACAGCUCGCAAGUCCACCGGAGGCAAGGCUCCGAGGAAGCAACUCGCCACCAAGGCCGCCAGGAAGUCAGCUCCGGCCACCGGCGGAGUGAAGAAGCCCCACCGCUUCCGCCCUGGGACAGUGGCUCUCCGUGAGAUCCGCAAGUACCAGAAGAGCACGGAGCUUCUGAUCCGAAAGCUUCCGUUUCAGAGGCUGGUGCGUGAGAUCGCACAGGACUUCAAGACCGAUCUGAGGUUCCAGAGCAGCGCCGUCGCGGCCCUCCAGGAGGCGGCGGAGGCGUACCUGGUUGGUCUCUUUGAGGACACCAACCUCUGCGCAAUUCAUGCCAAGAGAGUCACCAUCAUGCCUAAGGAUAUUCAGUUGGCGCGAAGGAUUCGUGGCGAGAGAGCUUAAACGAAUCUCUCUGUUUAUGGUUUUCUGCUUCUGUUCUCUCUACGCUCUGUUUGUUUUAGGGUUCUUAGGUACUUAUGUUAGGGUUUGAUUGUAGUGAUGUAAAUGCAUGGUGGUUUGAGGUUAAGAUUUGGUUAAAUGUUGAAUUUUGAUUUUGAAAUUAUGAAUGCUUCAAACCUUAUUAAAUGAAAAUGCUAAAUUUUCUUUUUUCUAA